AUGGCGAGAGGGAAGUGGCUCUUUUCGUACAAGAAAACCACUCUCUUAGUUUGCUUCUUCAACAUUGCCGUUGCUCUCUACGUUCUUCGCUCUCUUUAUGCCUCUCUUUAUAUAUACUCUGGUAACGUUUCCCGUAACGUUGCGUUGUAUAACCCAGAUCAGAUUCGGAAAAUGGAAGCGUCAAUGCAAAUCCGCAGGGAAUUUAAGCCCGAGGAGUUAAUUAAGUGGGUGAGGGCUUUAGAGGGGGAGUUUUCGAGUGAAACUGCGGCGGUUGAGUUGCCUUGGGAUUUGAAACAGAACAUAAUUUCUGAGAUCUUGCAGAGACUAAGGAGUUUGAAUUCCAGUAACACAGAUAUUGCUAAGGAACGAGAAGUAGUUGAGAAUUGGCGCAAGGAAAAACUGGAAGAGGUCAAGUUGGCUCAUGUGAAGGGGACUUCCAAUUCAACCAUCCCCCACGAAGAAGCUGGUAUACUAGUAAGAGCCUUGGAGUCUGAUUGGGCUUUGCUUUGUGAAGAGAUUGGCCUCUGGAUACCUGCUCAAGUUACAAAUGAAGAACAUGAUGACAAACCUGACGGUGCAGAAGAGUUUGAGGAUGAGGUUCUUCCUGGCAGGCCCCUUUCACCUGAGUGCCAUGCUGAACUUCAUACAGAUUAUGAUGGUGCCGCAGUAAGAUGGGGUCUUACCCACCACAAGGAUAGUGCAGCUGAUUGCUGUCAAGCUUGCUUGGAUCAUGCGAAACAUGCCAAAGAUGGUGAAAAGAAGUGCAAUAUCUGGGUUUAUUGCCCAUCUGAAUUUGGGUGUCAUUCUCCAGAUAUUUACCAGCACAAACAUCAGGAGUGUUGGCUGAAAUAUGCUGAGAAACCUCGUCUAAAUUUUAAGGAUAAGUAUCCUGAAUGGUAUCGAAAUUCGCACCCCUCUGCGCCAGUGAUCGUUCCAUGGGUUUCCGGAAUUACUAGUUCAUGA